AUGAGCAUGGUGGAGAUGCUGAAAAAGAUCAUGGCUGAUCAAGCCCAGUUAGCUGCUGAUGUAAGGAAUAAGCAGUUGGCUACACAAAAUCUGGAGAAGCAAUUCGGGCAGUUUGCUAGUGCCCAAAACUUACGACCCCAAGGAGGUUUGCCGAGAAAUACUGAUCCCAAUCCUAAGCAGGGAGAAAUUGUUGCACAAGAAGAAAAAGUGCCACCAAUUGUGAAACCACCUCCUCCAUUUCCUCUGAAGUUCAAGAAACAGAAGGAGGAUGAAUGUUUUGGUAAGUUUCUCUCUCUUUUGAAACAAGUUCACAUUAACUUGCCAUUGGUAGAUGUUUUGCAGGGUCUACCCAGGUAUGGGAAAUAUAUGAAGGAGAUUGUGGCAAAUAAAUGGAGGCUGACAGAGUAUGAGACUGUUGCACUUACUGAAGAGUGCAGCUCCAGAAUCCAAAAUAAGUUGCCCACUAAACUGAAAGAUCCGGGUAGCUUUACAGUUCAGAUCACUAUAGGGCAGAGCAUUCAUGAGCGAGGCUUGUGUGAUCUAGGAGCUAGUAUAAAUUUGAUGCCGACAUCUUUGUACAUAAAGCUGGGGUUGGGUAGUCCUAAACUUACUACCAUUAUCUUACAGUUGGCUGAUAGAUUUGUAGCUAUGCCUGAGGGUGCUGUAGAGGAUGUGUUAGUGCAAGUGGGAUCAUUGAUUUUCCCAGUAGAUUUUGUUGUGCUGAAUUUUGAGCCUGAUCCUGAGGUCCCAUUCAUUUUAGAAAGACCUUUCUUAGCGACUGGGCGGGCUAUGAUAGAUGUAUCAGCUGGGCAACUUACUAUGCGAGCACAUGAUAAAGUGGAGGUGUUUGACGUGCAUAAAACAUUAAAGCUGCCAGUUGUGUAUGAGGAGUUGUCUGCCAUAACUAUUAUAGAUCUUGAGGCAGAAGCUUGCUACAUUGCAUCUAAGGACCCUCUAGAGCGAGUGUUAGUGGGGGAUGAUAUUUAUGGGGAUGCUGAGGUACAUGAAAUUGUGCAAUAUCUUGAUGUGGCACUUGUAGGUACAUCUGGAUAUCGAUGGGAGCCUCUAAAUAGGGUGUUGGGUCCUCCACCCAAGCCCUCCAUUGAAGAAACACCCAAGUUGGAGUUAAAAGCAUUGCCAGCCCACCUUAGGUAUACAUUUUUGGGUGAAGAUAAAACUUUACCGGUUAUUUUGUCUGCAGCAUUAUCUGAUGAACAGAUGGAAGCAUGA